CACUUGUCGUCACAGCAGUGGUCGCUGAGUUUAAAAGAAAUAUUGGAAGAACUACAGAUUUACGAUCUUGGAAAAAAAUCGGAAGCGUGGCUUCAGGAAGCUUUGCCAGCAAAUCCACGAUUAACAGUCGAUGAAAACGGGAAAUAUCUUUUCAAGCCUCCUUAUAGAAUUAAAGGCAAAAAUUCGCUACUAGCAGUGCUGAAGAAACAUCACCUGGAAGGGAAAGGUGGAAUUCUGCUAUCGGACCUGAACGAGUGCAUACCGGCUGCCGAAAAGCACAUUGAGGUUUAG